ACAAAACGUGCAGGAAACAUGCCAAGCAGCAGUUGCUUGAAUCAUGCACAAAAGACUUGCCUCGAUGAGACUCUUUAAAGUGCAGAUAACAUGAAGAUAGCAACUAGUACAAAGUGCAUCAUCUGUGAAUCAUUUCAAGCAUCAAAGCUAGCCAUGCGGGGUCCUUUUGUUGUGAGGAUUUCAUGCUUCACUAUUCCAAUUCUAUGGAUGCUGUGUGUGCCUUCAAGGGUAUGUUCCGAAGAACAUAAGGAUCGAAGGAACAAUGGCGACCCCAUGAGGAAGAGAUACGAAGAAUGGCUGAAAAGAUAUGACCGAGAGUACGAGGAUCAGGAUGAAUGGGAACACCGAUUUGGAAUUUACCAAUCCAACGUUGAAUACAUUGAGAAUUUCAAUUCUCAAAACAUGUCGUUCCAACUUGCAGAUAACAUAUUUGCAGACAUGACGAAUGAGGAGUUCAAGUCCCUCUACUUGGGAUAUGAGGCCGCUAGGCAGCAGGGUGAAGUACAGAGCUCUGAAUAUGAAAAGUGGUGCGAGGAUUUGCCUGUCAAUCUGGACUGGAGAGAGCUAGGCGCCGUGACUCCAGUCAAGAAUCAAGGCGCCUGCGGAAGUUGUUGGGCCUUCUCGGCAGUUGCAGCUGUGGAAGGCAUCACCCAGAUCAAAACAGGCAAAUUGGUGUCCCUGUCUGAACAAGAGCUCGUUGACUGCGACGUCAAAACCGGGAACAAAGGCUGUCAGGGUGGAUAUAUGGAAAAAGCAUUCGAGUUCAUCAAAAAGAAUGGCGGCAUCACAACUGAAAGACAGUAUCCUUACGAGGGAAGAAACGGACAGUGUGACAAAGCCGAAGCCAAGUCCCACGCAGCCACUAUAAGUGGAUAUGCAAGAGUCCCUGCAAAUGAUGAAAGAAGCCUAGAAUUUGCAGCAGCCAAGCAACCUGUAUCAGUUGCCGUUGAUGCUGGAGGGUAUGCAUUUCAGCUCUACUCCAGUGGGGUCUUCUCCGGCCACUGUGGGGAAAGUCUCAACCACGGAGUGACAGUAGUUGGGUAUGGAGUAGUUGGUUAUGGAGCAGAACACCGGGAGAAGUUCUGGCUUGUGAAGAAUUCUUGGGGAACUGAAUGGGGAGAGUCGGGUUAUAUAAGAAUCAAACGCAGUGGUACUGAUACGGCCGGUGUCUGUGGGAUCGCCAUGGAAGCCAGCUACCCAGUCAAGUCCUGAACAAUCUCAUCCACGAAGCUUUGGAUCAUGAACCUAGUAAACCUUGAGGUGAUGGAUCAUAUGGAAUGUAUGCUACCCCAGUUCCCAAAUAACAAAGAGGAUUAUUUCCUCAAUGAAAUAAGAAUCUUAGGUUGAUGUAGAAUCCUAUUUGCAAUUCGAUAACUGAGGUUGCAGCUGUAAGAUUGUGAAUACAUGGUCUCUAUACGGACGCUCAGAAGUUGGGAGAAUAGUUUUGCAUAAU